AUGACAGACUGGCAGAAAAUCGGCCAAGAAAAGGCGCAGUCGGUGCUGAAUCUAAUACCUCCAGAAUGGCGACUUCCAAGCGUUCCGACUCCAGAGCAACAGAAAGACGUAACUGGCGGCUUCAUCGCACAAUUUUUGGAUGCCCAAGAGCUCAUAAUCACCGAGACCGACGCCGUGGGAAUCGUCAAGAAUACAAGCACUGGAGUAUGGAGCGCCGUAGACGUUGCGAAAGCCUUUUGCCAUCGAGCUGCCAUCGCCCACCAAGUCCUGAAUUGUUUACACGAGAUAUUUUUCGAUGCGGCCAUCGCAGAUGCCGAGCAGCUGGACGCGUAUUUCGCACAACAUAAGAAACCGGUUGGGAUGCUUCACGGAUUGCCGGUUUCUCUCAAAGAUCAGUUUCACGUUAAAGGCGUGGAGACUUCGAUGGGGUAUAUUGGGUGGUUGAAUACCUUUCAGGGUAAGAAGGGUACGGGGAAGGAGAGGAAGUUUGAAAGUGAGAUGGUGAGGGAAUUGAGGAGUCUUGGUGCUGUUUUGUACGUCAAGACUAGUGUUCCGCAUACGCUGAUGUGUCCGGAGACGAUCAACAAUAUUAUUGGAUAUACGCAGAAUCCGAAGAAUCGACUCCUUUCGUCGGGUGGAAGCUCCGGUGGCGAAGGAGCCUUGAUUGGAGCGAGAGGAAGUGUCGUGGGCUUUGGGACAGAUAUUGGAGGUUCCAUUCGAAUCCCGGCUGCUUUUAAUGGACUGUACGGCCUACGACCAAGCGCUGGCCGACUUCCUUACGAAGGCAUGGCGAACAGUAUUGAUGGGCAGAAUUCGAUCCUGUCGGUUGUUGGGCCUCUAUCAACCACACCGGAUGGCCUCAAGCUCGUCACACAAGCGUUGCUGAGCACGAAACCUUGGCUUCACGAUCCUCUAGUCCACGAUAUCCCAUGGCGAGAAAGCGCAGAUCUCGCGAUCUCAGACCCUAUUCAGCGCUUGACGAAGAAGCUCACAUUCGCCGUGAUGCGCCACGACGGAUCGUGUGCACCAACCCCUCCCGUCGCUCGAGCGAUCGAAAUCGCAGUGCAAGCAAUGCAAAAACUCGGGCACCAAGUCAUCGACUGGCAACCUACAGUCCCCCACGCAGACAUCAUCGACCUUGCUAGCAAAUGCUGGGAUUUCGACGGAGGAGCAGAUUGCAGACGGGACUUCGAGCUCAGUGGCGAAGAAAUGGCUCCACAGGUCCUCAUCAACAACAAGCCUCAGGCCAAUGCCAUGCAUAUCAUGGCGACGAAUAUUGCGAAGCGAGAUGUCCAGAAAGCUUAUAUGGAAUACUGGAAUAGCACCGCUCAGCUCACUGUCACUGGAGAACCUGUUGACGCCAUCAUAUGCCCUUUGGCUCCAUUCCCGUCUGCUAGGCCAGGGCUGUAUACUUACCUGGGUUACUCGGUUUUCGUGAACGUGCUGGAUUAUACGAGUGUUGUGGUGCCGAUCACGCAGGUUGAUAAGGACGUUGAUCUCGUAGCUACGGAUUUCCAGGGCGGCGUGAAUGAACUGGAUGUGAAGACGCAGGAGACUUAUGAUCCUGAGAUCUAUGACGGUGCACAUGUUAGUAUUCAACUCGUGGGACGAAGACUACAAGAGGAGAAGAUGAUUGCACUGGCGAAGUAUAUGGGCAAAGCUGUGCAUGGUCGAGCAUAG